ACUUAAUUCUGUACUGUAGAUAAAAAGACUUCUGCCUUGUUGGAAAAUAUCAUUCUUUACGGAAUCCAACUCUCUCCAGAUUACAAAUUACACGGUGCUCAGAAUUUCCUGCUAAUUUACGUCUCUCUCUCUCUCUCUCCCUCUCCCUCCCUCCCUCUCUCUCUCUCUCUCUCUCUCUCUCGUUCAUUCCAUCUUCCAAAUAACAAAAUCUUCCGCAUAACACACACUCUCUCGAGUCUCGAGUCUCGGUCACAUACUCAAGCGAAGGAAAAUCCGCCCAACACCCUCGUCCUCUCAUGGAGUCCGCGACACCAUCCACAAAGCCCCCUCUCUCUGCUCUGUUUAACUCUUUUGUCGCCAACAGUCGACUAGGUAAACGCUUCAAACUUAGUGAGCGAAGCUCAACGUUCACAACAGAGCUACGUGCUGGCACCGCCACCUUCCUGACCAUGGCGUACAUCCUAGCCGUCAACGCCAGCAUCCUUGCCGACUCCGGCGGCACCUGUUCCGUAGCCGAUUGCAUACCUUUAUGCAACGUCCCGUCAAUCUCACCUUCCAACUGCUCUGGCACCUCUCCUGACGGCGUCAGCCUCAGACUUGUCCAGCCGGACGAGUCCUGUAAGUUCAGCCCGGUCAACCCGGGCUACUCAGCCUGUCUCGACAAGAUCCGUAGGGACCUCAUCGUCGCUACCGUCGCUUCAUCUCUCAUCGGCUGCGUAAUCAUGGGUGCCUUCGCCAACCUUCCCUUGGCGUUGGCCCCCGGAAUGGGCGCUAACGCUUAUUUCGCUUAUACGGUCGUAGGGUACCACGGCUCUGGUAACGUUCCCUACGAGAGUGCUUUAGCGGCAGUUUUCAUCGAAGGCUUGAUUUUUCUCCUAAUCUCGGCAAUUGGAUUGCGAGCCAAACUCGCCAAGCUCGUCCCCAAACCUGUGCGAAUUUCAACGUCGGCCGGAAUCGGUCUAUUUCUUGCCUUCAUCGGGCUACAGAACAAUCAGGGUAUCGGACUGGUCGGUUACAGCUCGUCUACGCUAGUGACGCUGGCUGCAUGCCCGAGAACGUCACGAGCGGCACUCGCCCCCGUCAUAACGGCAGUGAACGGCACCGUUAGCCUUCUACCGGGUGGAGCCAUAUCAGGCGAUAUUUUGUGCUUGCAUAACCGUAUGGAAAGCCCAACUUUAUGGCUGGGGAUUGUUGGUUUCGUCAUAAUUUCUUAUUGUCUGGUGAAAAAUAUUAAGGGGGCGAUGAUAUACGGUAUAGUAUUCGUGACGGCCGUGUCGUGGUUCCGUAACACGAGCGUAACGGCGUUUCCCGAUACGGAGUCGGGUAACUCGGCAUACGAGUAUUUUAGGAAGGUAGUUGACGUGCACGUCAUCAAAAGUACGGUCGGCGCGUUGAGUUUCAAGGGAAUAGGAAAAGGGUAUUUUUGGGAGGCUCUGGUUACCUUUCUAUACGUGGAUAUACUCGACACUACGGGGACACUGUACUCGAUGGCCCGAUUUGCGGGAUUCACGGAUGCCAACGGUGAUUUCGAGGGGCAGUACUUUGCCUUCAUGUCGGAUGCUGCAUCCAUCGUGGUGGGGUCGUUGCUGGGAACCUCGCCGGUAACGGUGUUCAUCGAAUCGUCGACGGGAAUCCGGGAAGGUGGGAGGACGGGUUUAACGUCACUCACGGUGGCGGGGUAUUUCUUCCUGGCCCUCUUCUUUACGCCGUUGCUGGCGUCAAUUCCGGCGUGGGCAGUGGGACCGCCACUGAUCUUGGUGGGAGUAUUGAUGAUGAGAUCGGUGGUAGAGAUAGAGUGGAAUGACAUGAAGCAAGCCAUCCCCGCAUUCGUAACUUUGAUAUUGACGCCACUAACUUACUCUGUAGCUUACGGAUUGAUAGGUGGCAUUGGGACGUACAUUGUCUUGAAUCUUUGGGAUUGGGGAAAGGAGUUCCUGGAUCAUAAAUUUGGUAAAAGCAAGCUCAUCAAGACGAACGACAUGAGCGUGGCUACUUCUGGCUCAGGUGCAGGUAUAAACGGUCUAUCUUCUUCCAUGGCUAAUGGGUGUGGGGACAGAAAAGCAUUGGAAGUCUAAUCCUUCAAAGCUAGAGGGAGGGAGAUGUAAGCUGUGGUUGGAAUUGGAUCACCUCACGCACCCUCCUGGCUAUUAGAUUCGGUCGUCAUUGUAUAUUGCUUUUGAUAGUCUGAGACUCUGAGCUCUGAAGUAAGUUUUUGUUUU